AUGGCGAUUGCUGACAAGAAAAAACAAUCCCAUGUCGCCAUAAUCGGUGCCGGCCCGGUAGGCAUGAUGUGUGCUGCUAAAUUGGCAAAUGCUGGAAUCAGAGUGACUGUGUUUGAGAAGGACGCAGAGAUUGACCCACGGCCGAAAGCAUUGACAUAUACGGCGCCGGUUUUGGCGGAUCUUGCCAAACUAGGCAUCCUCGAGGACGUCGUCAAAAUCUGCUUCGCCGAUGAGCGUGCAAUCUGGACAUGGCGGAGCCUCGGAGGCGGUGUCCUUGCUGAAAUGCAUUGGUCUCUCUUGGAAGAUGUGCAGAGACCCGACUUGCACAAACCAUACACAUUGCAAUGCGGACAGCACUUACUGGCGAAGGUUUUGGUGGAAUACUGCAACCGCUUCGAACACGCCAAGGUUCUGCACGGCUACCAGCUAACCAACCUCACCCAAACAGACGAGAAAGUCACCCUGUCGAUCUCCGAGUUGGGAAUGGAUCCGUUCACAUUCGAAGCGGAUUACGUGAUCGGCGCCGAUGGAGGAAGGUCGGCGACUCGCAAGUUGAUUGGGCAGCACCUCGACGGAUUCACCUGGGAUGAGAGCUUUGUUGCAAUGAACAUCCAUUUUCCUUUCGAAAAGUAUAAGUGGGGUGCCGCGAAUUUCUUGAUCGGUGGAAAGGAUUGGGCAGUCGCCGGCAGGACUGGACCUGGUAGUGAUCCGUGGCGAGUGGCGUAUGGCGUGGAACCAGGCUUGACAGACGAACAAGUCUUGGAAGGAGCGCCAGACAGGCUCAAGGCAAUCUUGCCUGGUCCAGAUGAAUUUCAGAUUGUGCAAUGCGCACAAUACAAAGUGCACCAACGUCAGGUAAAGCAGUACAAAGUCGGCAAGGUUAUGCUCGCUGGAGAUGCCGCACACCUCAACAACCCCAUCGGCGGGUUCGGCUUGACCACGGGCAUGACGGAUGCAGGAUGCAUUUCAGAUGCAUUGAUUGCUGUCAUCAGUGGCAAUGCGCCCGAGCAGACACUCCAAGAGGCCUGCAACAUCAGGCAUGAGAUUUGGGCGACCAUCAGCAAUCCUGGGUCUCAAAACUUCAAACGCAUUGUUCAACAAGACCCAAAGGCUAUCUCGAAGGAAGACAUGGAUUUCUUCAAGCGUUUGAAUAAUGAUGAAGAGUUCCAGAGAUCGGCUUUGCUGGGCUCUUUGCGCAUCCAUACCCCACUCGGCACGUUCCCAAGCCAGCGAGGUACUGAAAAGGUCUAUGGCCUGGUAGACUGA